AUGAACAGUACCCAAGUUAAUCAAAAUUCUUGGAAUAUUCCUAUUGAUAAACUAAUGGUAUGGCGCAACGGUUGGUCUAAAUACGAUCGUAAGAUCUCUAACUUGUAUCUCCGAAUAGUUUAUGACCAACUUUUAAUAACAGCAGAUACAAAAAUAUUGGAAUCUUUCAACAUGCAUCAAAAAUUAAAAGGAAUUUACAAGGAAGACAUUUUGAUAUUGAUUGCCAGUGGCAAUAACUAUGGAAUAAGAAAAAUAAAGUUUCAAUUAAAAUCAAAUGUAAUGCAAUGUUUAGAGGCUCUGAGCUGUCACUUUCCUGUAGUGAAUCAUAAUGUUUUACAAUCAAAUAAAGUAAUUAACGCUAAAUACCGAAAUAUUGAUGAAAUUUUACGCCUUGCAAUUGAACAAAAAGAGGACACAUCGCAUCAGCUAAAGCAAUCGCAGCUGCCCAAGGAGUUUAAAAAUUUUGUGAACCUUUGCCUUCUGGAUCCAGCCUUUCCUGUAUUUGUUUCUGAAACUGAAAAAAUUCUUAAUGAGAUAACUAUCCAAAAAUAA